CCAGCCAGCUUCUCCUCCGAGAGGAGGAGCGUCACGGAGGGAAGUGCCUGGCUGCUGCAGCCCGGCAUUCCCCUCCAAGACGCUCCUCCUCUUGGUGGGCGGGACGGGCCACGAAGGCAGGAAGCAGACAUGGCGGACUGGGGCCGAGGUCAAAACCCCAGUGCUGUGGAUGAGAUGAUAGAUAUGGAAAACAAGCGUAUGGCAGAAAACCUGUCCACUAAAGUCACCAGACUAAAAUCGCUUGCCCUGGACAUUGAUAAAGAUGCUGAGGAUCAAAAUCACUAUGUGGAUGGGAUGGACACGGAUUUCAUGAGUGUAACAGGUCUUCUGACAGGGAGUGUGAAACGUUUUUCCACCAUGACCCGUUCCGGAAGGGACAAUCGUAAACUCCUGUGUUAUGUCUCUGUUGGACUGGUUGUUGUCUUCUUCAUCCUUUAUUAUUUGGUGACAAGAGCACGGACUUGAGGGAAUGUAAAGAAGCUGGAGUGUCUUUGAAGGGGGGAAAACGGACAAUGAAGUACUUUCAAAUGUAUUUCCUGGGAAGGUUUGUUCAUUGUGUCCACAGUGUUCUAAAGACUGCAGUAUGAUUUCCAGUGUCCUCUGUUGGGGUUGUUUUGCAACAGUCUUUUUAUUUCUAAAAGGAUGUUAUUCUAUCAUUCUCCCUUUAAAAAUUUACAACAUAAGUCAACUUGUAGAAAUGAAAAGUUCCUGCAUUGCUACGGUAUAUUUUUGGGAGGUGCAGAAAGAUAAGAACGCUGCUGCUGCCUUCUAUGGUUUUGUGAGUCAGCAAGAAAAUCUUGACAAAUAGCAGCCAUGCACUGCUUAGAAAACUGUACUACUAGGAUGCGUGCAUCUCCUAAAAACUAAUCACUCUCUAGCGAGGACUUUUUUUCUUGCAAAAUUCAUUAACUUUCUUACUUAUGAAAAUACCGACUUUUAUAGAUAUCACAAGAGUCAUCAUUGUUUGUCAAUGUCUAGAACUUGAUGUUAGAAUAGAAUUAUGCCUAGAAUACUCAUAACCAGAAAAGGGAGGAGGUCUUGCACAGUGAUAACAUUUCUGUUUACUUCCUUCUCACUCUGCCAUAUAUAUCCUUCUGGAUUAUUUAUAUUUGUAUAUGGGCUGUACCAAACCAUAGAACAUAUUUAUUUUUUAAGUAUUUCAUUUAUGUGAUUUUUUUUUCUAGUCCAGUUCUGCCUUACCAUUAGGAACUUUUUAAGUGUUUUACCUAGAUUAACUUGCCUGUAUGUUUAAUAAUUAUCCCCUCUGACUUAACAACCUGGCUGGAAUCAAAUAAUUAUUUCCUCGUAAUGUAUCAUUUUCUUAAUUAGCAUUCCUCAGUUUUUAUAUUUGUAAGGCUUUGAUAUCUGCCAUGGUGAAAGAAUAUAGCAGUUUUCACAGCUAAGUUGCUCUACAUAUUUUAGUUGUAUCAUAUCUUGACAAAUGGUCUAACACUGAUUUCUCAGAGGGACGUUGUCAUUUCUUACUGUUUUGCAGCAAACGACUAUAGGGAAAAGAGGUUCCAGGCCCAAUCUGUUUUCGACCUUAACUCACUUUCUAUACUUUUUGCAGAUCUUUGCCCUUAUCAGUCUGGCUCUGGCUUAGGUUAUUUUCUUAAUCUGGAGAGAAUUACCUGUCUCAAUUAUUUCCUACUACAUCCCCUAGAAAUUAAAUUAAAAAUAAACUGAAAAUUAAAAAUAAA